AUGUCGAGCGACCAGAUCUUUGAGUACAUUACCGACAUCGACGCCCUCUCCAAAAAGCUCGUUGGUGUAUUCAACUCCAUCAAAGAUCUUGGUGGUCUGCCGGAAGUGUUCCAGGAAGUAGGAAACUGCCUUCUAAUCGUCCGGAACGCGCUACAAGCCGCCGAAACCCAGGCGCAUAAUGUAGAGGCUGACAAAGAAGCCGAAGCUUUGGAGGAUUCGUUGAGGAGCUGCAAGGAGAAAGCCGAGCAACUGCUGGAAAUCGUUAAAUGUAUUAAGGAGAAUAAGGCUAAGUCGCCCAAGGCUGCUUACCAAGAGCGGGUGGUUCAGCUGGGCAAGGCAAGCCGGGUCGAGACCUUGCUGGACAAUAUCCUAAAGGACCUGCAGGUCUUAGCAGCACACAGGGCGUUUAAGGCAGCACUUGAGACACAAGCUGAAGCCUUGGAUGAAGGCCGAAAGAAGCUGGAGCAAGUGGCCCGAGAGAAACCAUCGGUUCCUGACUCUAUGUUCGAGGAGCCAUCCGGCACUACCAACAUCAACUACGGCAGAGAUCAGAUUACCAAUACGGUGAGAGGCACGCAGAACAAUGUCAAGGGCCAUCAAUUUAAUGCCAAUGGUAAUCAGAGCUUUGGUAGGAUCCCCGAGGCUCCAACCCAGGAGCCUUCCGAGUCUGCCAAGUCUUCCGAGGGCUUCCCCAUCGACGAAAGUCGGACGAACUUCGACACAUUCAUGAACAUCUUGCCCUUAACCGAUCCUCAAGAAGACAUCGUCAAGAUCGGGGACCGUAGAGCGCCUGACACCUGUGAAUGGCUCACGAGUCUGAAGAUAUAUGAGGAGUGGGCUGGACUGAAUGAUCGUCAUCCUCUCUGGCUUGUCGGUCCCCCUGGCGUCGGGAAGACUAUGCUCUCUUGUUUCCUGCUGGAAAAGCUGAUGGCGAACCCAAAGUGCAACAUCCUGGCGUUUUACUUCUGUGACAACAACGAUUCAAGACGAAAUACUGCUACAGCCAUCCUGCGAGGACUCCUCUUCCAGCUGAUAAAAGCCGAGCCGUCCUUCUUCUUCGAAAAGGUUAAAUUUCAAUACGGACGGCAUGGCCAGAAAUUCUUUGACGACACCGAUGCACUAUGGUCGGCUUUAUUGUUCAUUCUGAAGCGGCGCGACACCGGCCAGAUCUAUCUUCUUUUAGAUGCUCUUGAUGAGUGCGAGGAGCCUUCGCUGUCGACGUUUCUUGCACACCUUGCAAGGACAUUUGGAGAUAAGACGGCGACUGAGCAUUUGAAUGCACAGCUUCUCAUAACCAGCCGGCCGGAGGAUACCAUCAACAGACGUCUACGUACGAUCACCAGAUACGUGUAUAUUGGCUCUGAUCAAGUGAAGCCUGAUCUUGACAGAUACAUCGACUGGAAAGUAGAGGGCAUUAAAGGUUCCCAGAACGUACAGGAUCUAGUCCGCGACAAUCUGAAGAAGAAGGCUGAUGGCACAUUUCUUUGGGUUCACUUGAUUAUGCACGAUCUCGAAGGAGAGGACUUCGGUGCUGAUGAAGAGCGCGCCACCACAGCGCUGAAGUUAUUGCCCCAAGGCUUACCCGAAGUGUACGACCAGAUUCUCCGCAAAGUUAAGCAGCGCGACCAAGGACGAGCUAAAUUCGUCCUUCAGUUUAUCGUUGCGGCACGACGACAUCUCACAGUCGAUGAACUUGAUAUGGCAUAUGCCAUACACACUAUGGCACGCGAUAGCGACCAUGUGCCGGUCCGCCAAGACAUACGACCGAACAUCUACGAUUGCUGCGAGCCCAUUAUUACCUUCAACGUGAAAACAAACACCGUCAGUCUCGUGCAUCAAUCUGCGAAGGAAUUUCUUUUGAAACUCGACCACGUCUACAGAUUUGUACCUGCUCCCUUGCCUACCCAAUAUUUCUUAAGUGUCUUGCCCAUUCCCUUCAUUGUUUGGGCUGGCCGGCACAUCACGUUUGUGACUUUGUCCAUUUCCACAAUCCUCUUAUUUUGGGCUUGGCCGUCCAGAGCCUCCAUACGGCCAUCUCACGGCAUCCUCAGUCAUGUGAACACCGGCGAGCCUUGGUACCGGGUUAAACUAGACGAAGCUAAUGUUCUUAUUUUCAAAAUUUGCUGGAGAUACCUCGGGGUGCGGGAGUUUGAAGGGGGGGCCAAGAUAAUACAAUGCAAUCCAGAGCGUGUAUUGAAUCCAGUGACUCAGCCUGAUGAGCUUUUGGAAAAGUACUGCUUCCUCGGAUACGGGACUAACGAAUGGCUGGAGCACGCCGAUGCAGCCCGUCGGGCCCUGAUUGUAAAUCCCACGUGGGUUAGGGAUAAUGUUGACCAGAUGCCAACAAUGAGGGAUUAUUGGCUUCUCAUGGCAGCCCAGAGGGGGGACCGGUCGGUGAUGCUGAUGCUGGUGGAAAAUGGAGCUUACAUUGGCGCGAAAGACUGUAACGAACGCACGGCGCUGCACUUGGCGGCCAUGUCUGGAUACCAGGCCGUGGUGCGAGAGCUCCUGGAGAAAGGAGCCGAUGUCGCCGCGAAGAGCAGCAAAGGAUGGACUGCGCUGCACCUGGCGGCCAUCAAUGGACAUGAGGCGGUGGUGCGAGUGCUACUAGAUAAUGGAGCCGACACUACCGUAGAAGAUAAUAGCAGACGAACGGCACUGGACUGGGCGAUCCGUGGGGAUCAUGAGGCAGUGGCACAAGCGCUCUUGGAAAGGGAUGGCGGCGUGACCAUAAAGGGUGGCGACGCAAAGAUGGUGCGGUUGCUGUUCGAUGUAAUUGAGAGAGGGAAGGAGGAACUGGUGCAAAUGCUCCUGGAGAAUGGAGCCGAUGUCACCGCGAAGGACAACGAUGGAUGGACAGCGCUGCACUUGGCGGUCGCGUUAGGGCACGAGGGGGUGGUGCGAGUGCUCCUGGAGAAUGGAGCCGACGUUACCGCGAAGCAUAACGAUGGAUGGACAGCGCUGCACUUGGCGGCCAUGGUAGGGCACGAUGGGGUGGUGCGAGCGUUCCUGGAGAAUGGAGCCGAUGUCACCGCCAAGGACGACGACGGACGCACGGCACUGCGCUUCGCGGCCGCGACUGGGCACGAGGGGGUGGUGCGAGAGCUCCUGGAGAAUGGAGCCGAUGUCACCGCCAAGAGCAACGACGGACUGACAGCGCUGCAGGGUGCGGCUAGGAUAGGACAUAAGGAGGUAGUACAAGUGCUUCUAGAGAAUGGAGCCGACGUCGCCGCGAAGGACAACGACGAAUGGACAGCGCUGCACUUGGCGGCCAUGGUAGGGCACGAGGGGGUGGUGCAAGUGCUCCUGAAGAAUGGAGCCGAUGUCACCGCGAAGGACGACGACGGACGCACGGCACUGCAAUCGGCGGCCAUGUUUGGACACGAGGGGGUGCUGCGAAUGCUCCUGGAGAACCGAGCCGAUGUCGACGCGAAGAGCCACCACGGAUGGACAGCGCUGCACUGGGCGGCCGCGACUGGGCACAUCAUGGCGGUGCGAGUGCUCCUGGAGAAUGAAGCUAAUGUUGCCACGAAGGAUAAUACCGGAUGGACAGCCCUAUGUCUAACUCCUGCGAAUGAUCAGGAGGGUAUACGGCGGCUGUUAAGGGGUGUGACUGAUGCAGGAGACCGGGAGUUAGUUCCCGACCAGGAGCAAGGGCCAUUGUUGAAUCAGCAAGAUGCCACCCAAGGCGAUGGCAUUUGUCAACUGGCAGCGAAGGAUGUAGCACAACAACUGUUAAGAAGGGUGGCCAACUCCACUAGGAAAAUGGGCACAACCAUAGAACUGACGGAGUUGCUGAUCCAUGCAGCUCUAACUGCGAACGAGGCGUGGGUGCGAGCACUCCUGGAGCUAGGAGCCGAUGUCACCGGGAAGGACGACGACGAAGAGACGGCGUUGCAUGUUGCAGCUAGGAUGGGACAUGAGGUGGUUGUGCGAGUGCUUCUAGAGAAUGGAGCCGAUGUCUCCGCGAAGAGCAACGAUGGACGCACGGCGUUGCACAUAGCAGCUAAGUAUGGAUAUGAGGGGGUGUUGCGAGUGCUUCUUGAGAAUGGAGCCGGUGUCUCCGCGAAGAGCAACGAUAGACGCACGGCGUUGCAUAUAGCAGCUACGUAUGGAUAUGAGGGGGCGGUGCGAGUGCUUCUAGAGAAUGGAGCAGACGUUGCCGAGACGUGCGCCAAAGGACAGACUGCGCUACACCUAUCGGCCAGCAAUGGACGCGAAGGGGUGACGCGAGUGCUUCUGGAGAAGGGAGCCAACGUCGCCAUGAAGGACGACGACGGAGAGACGGCGCGGUCCUUGGCAGUCUUCGGAGGGUAUAAAGCGCUGGAGCGGCUGCUAGACCAACCACAAAGAUAG